AUGGUCAUCAGCAAGAUGACCGAUUGGUGUUUGCAUUGCAAAGAACUGGCACCAGAAUAUGCAAAAGCCGCCAAGAAGCUCACAGUACCUUUAGCCAAAGUGGAUGCGUCUGUCGAAACUGAGCUUGCGAAAAAGUAUAAUAUCGAGGGAUAUCCAAUACUUAAAUUUUGGCAGAACAGUGAAGAUCCAAUCAAUUAUGACGGUGAACAGGAUGCGGAAGGCAUUAUCGAAUGGGUAUCAAAGAAAGCGGAUCCCAACUACAAGCCACCUCCGUCCAGUGUUCUCACACUGAGCAAGGAAAAUUUCACUGAAAAAAUCAACUUAGAACCAUUGAUGCUCGUCAAAUUCUACGCCCCAUGGUGUGGACACUGUAAGAAACUGGCGCCUGAAUUUGAAAAAGCCGCUAGGCAGUUAAAGCUUUUGUUACAUUUCGUUGUUUCUCGUCAGGAGAGGAAUAUUGUGCUGGCAGAAGUGGAUGCCACCGUGGAGACAAGCCUGGCCGAGGAGUUCGAUGUCACUGGUUAUCCAAAGCUAAUUAUUUUCCGGUAUGGCAAGAAAUUCGAGUACAAGGGACCUCGUGAUGCUAGGGGUAUUUCCUUUCUCUCGUCACAAUCAAAAAUCUGUUGUUUGGGAAAAUACUUCGCUUCAUACGUUGUUUUUGCUUCCUUAUGGGUCAAGAUUUGA